GUAUCCAUAGCCAACUCUAUCCUAUCCAAGUCACGGUUUGUGGGAGGUUUAAACCUACUAGUCUACUUUCUAAUACCGUUUUGGUGAGCUUUCAAUUGGAAGCAACAGCUAAUUAUAGCGAGAGUAGUUUACUGCAAGAAGCUUCAGUUUCGCGGUGUUGGUCGGGCUACUCAUUAUAGGAAUUAACGAAGAAGACGCAAGACGCUCCUUAGAUUUCACCAACGCAUAAAGGAGAACAUCUUUAUUUUUCCUUGCCUGAAGGGAUACUUGUAUUUGUAGACUAACGCCUACUAAUAGAAGACAGCCUCCAUCGCAGUGUUUCGGGAAGUUUGGGUUGUAAAUACGCCUGUGGGUCAUUUAUUUCGGCUAAGAUUUACCAGUGUGAUUGGAUUGUAUUUCCUCUCUUCCUUUUCAAUGCUUUGUGAGAACGGGUGGUCGUCUACCUUAAAAACGUAAGGCUAUUGAUAACGGAGAUAAGUGAAGAGUGCGCUCCCACGCCCGCCCUGACCUCGAGAUGCCGGGCAUAAACUCCACCACCGCCCCUCACUAUGAGUCAGGCUGGGAGAUGGAGUACGACCACUAUCAACAUUACUUCUACGACGACCACGAUCCGGACGAGGAUUUCUUUAAAUCCACUGCGCCCAGCGAGGACAUAUGGAAGAAAUUCGAGCUAGUACCGACCCCGCCCAUGUCCCCUGUCCGGACUUUAGGUGGGGUAGCCGGGGGCGGGAUUGUCUGCCCUUCGUUGGGGGACAAACUCGAGUGGGUGUCCCAGUUUUUGGGUCAAGAGGACGACCAGGAUGUGCCGUGUAAAUUCAGUUCCGCCGACGAGGCUUUGGGGAACCUGAGCUCCAUUAUCAUCCAGGACUGCAUGUGGAGCAGCUUCUCGGCGGGCAAACAGCUGGAGAAAGUUGUCGGGGAGCGACAUGCUUCCUGUCCCGGAUCGGGCCCGACCAAACCGGCCCUGCAGCAGGUGGGAGCUGGCAUCAACACCACCGGGAGGGCGCAGUGUGUGACGACACCCAUGGACGCUCCGGUUCUCGGUAGCUUGGCAACGGAUUGCGUGGACCCGGGUGCUGUUCUCACAUUCCCGCUGACCGGGGCACCGUUCAAGAAACCUGCAGUGUCCUCCGGUUCGGAAUCCCCCACAGACUCAUCAGAUGAUGAAUCUAGUGAUGAUGAGGACGAAGAGGAGAUCGAUGUGGUGACUGUGGAACACAAGCAGUACAAGCCUCGGCGGCUGGCCAACGGCGGGCUAAACGGGCGGACGCCGGUGACCAUCACGGUCGGAGCGGACCCUGUGGGCCCGUGUAUGAAACAUUUCCACAUUUCCAUCCACCAACAGCAGCAUAACUACGCAGCUCCUUCCCCCGACACACACAAACAUCCCGAGCCCCCCAGGAAGAGAGUCCGACACGAGCCCCUAAACUCUUCUCCUCACUUCUCAAACUCAUCUCACCCCCAGCCACACCCAGGCCCCGCCUCAACCAAUCAGAACCCUGAGAGCAAACCACCUCACGUCGCAGUGGCAACGGCCGGUUCGGAGUCGCCUGACGCCAACACACUCAUCCUUGCCUCCUCCCCCUCGAACUCUCCCCCAUCCUCCUCCCACCACCACCUCUCCUCCUUGAAGUCCUACUGCUCCCACCCCUGCAGCCCCCAGUCCUCCGACUGUGAGGACACGGACAAACGCAAGACUCACAACUUCCUGGAACGUAAACGACGCAAUGACCUGCGCUCUCGUUUCCUGGCGCUGCGGGACGAGGUCCCCGGCUUGGCAGAGUGCCCCAAGACGCCCAAGGUGGCCAUCCUGACACGCGCCACUGAGUACCUGGCGCAGCUGCAUUCUAGCGAGCGCCAGCGGGCGCAGGAGAAACGUCAGCUGAAGGCCAGGCAACAGCAGCUACUCCGCAGGUUGGCACAGCUCAAACAAUGCCCCUGAAGUCACUGACUGACUGACUGGCAGGCUGGCAAAGCUCGAACAACAUCCCUGAACUGACUCGCUGACUGGCAGGCUGGCAAAGCUCAAACAACAUCCCUGAACUGACUGACUGGCUGACUGGCAGGCUGGCAAAGCUCGAACAACAUCUCUGAACUGACUGGCAGCGACCUCUAGUCGACAGAAACCAGGACUGAAUGAAAACCAACUCUCAUUAACUGGCAGGCUGGCAGGGAGAGAAGCCCAAGUAGUAUGCUUUGCCGAACCCUAUAUUAUAAACCAGGACUGAGUCAAAACCAGGAACGGAUCUCAAGCCUAUAUUAUUAAACCAGGACUGAGUCAAAACCAGGAAUGGAUCUCAAGCCUAUAUUAUAAACCAGGACUGAGUCAAAACCAGGGACGGAUCUCAAGCCUAUAUUAUUAAACCAGGACUGAGUCAAAACCAGGAACGGAUCUCAAGCCUAUACUAUUAAACCAGGACUGAGUCAAAACCAGCCUAUAUUAUUAAACCAGGACUGAGUCAAAACCAGCCUAUAUUAUUAAACCAGGACUGAGUCAAAACCAGGGACGGAUUUGAGAGGAUUUUCUUGCUCUCGUUGGUCCAAUCCCAAAUGGAUCCCUUUGCCCCUAUUCGUAGGAAAGUGGUUGAAGAUCUGCAAGGACACCAACGAUCAAGGGAAAAGACAUAGUGGGUUUAGUGUUGGGAUGGGGUUGUGAACUCCCAGACACACACACACACACACACACACAGGCUGAGAUUAAGGAGCAAAGACACGAACGGUCACUUUGUCGGGUGAGGAAGUGGGUUAUAAUGUGGUGUUACGGUUCUGUUGUUUGCACAUUUGCUUCAGAGUGAUUGACAGAGCAAUCGUCUCGUCAGGAAGGACAGUAACCUGAUAUCACGUGAUCAUAAUUUAGUUAUUUUUGGGGGGGGG